GUUUUCUGUGUUGUUAUGACUUGCAUGUCAGUUUUCUGUAUUGUUAUGACUUACAUGUCAGUUUUCUGUGUUGUUAUGACUUGCAUGUCAGUUUUCUGUGUUGUUAUGACUUACAUGUCAGUUUUCUGUGUUGUCAUGACUUACAUGUCAGUUUUCUGUGUUGUUAUGACUUACAUGUCAGUUUUCUAUGCUGUUAUGACUUACAUGUCAGUUUUCUGUGUUUUAAUGACUUACAUGUCAGUUUUCUGUGUUGUUAUGACUUACAUGUUAAUUUUCUGUGUUACCAUGACUUCAUGUCAGAUUUCUGUGUUGUCAUGA